AUGAAUGCAUGUUUGGCUGAUGAAGCGGGGAUGAUAGGCUGCUGGGUACUGCAUGGUGGUGUUUCAGGGCGGGCGAGCAAAGGGAAGGGGAGCAGCUGGGCGGGUCUCUGGUGGGUCACGGGUGAGGCGGGGCUGGCGGGGCUGCUGGCUGUCAUCCUCAGGGACGCGCAGAGGGAGAGGGCGGUGGGAGUGUACCUCUUCUGCUUGCCACUAAUGCUGCUCUCCCUCUUCCUCUCGCUCCUCCUCUCCCCCCUCCGCUCCUCCUAUCCCCUCUUCCCCAAUCCCUCCAAUCUCCCAUCAGGUGGAGCAGAUGCAGCAAUGAUUAACCCGGCAGCUCACACCAACCGUCUCUUCCCCCCUCCCGCCCCACUUCCCCUCCCGCCCCACUUCGCCUCCCGCCCCACUUCCCCUCCCACCCCACUUCCCCUCCCUACCUUCCUCCUCCCUCCCCCCCUCACCCUCCCCCCUUCCCCCCUAUGGCAGUGUGUUAGUGGCCAAAAGCAUGCUUCAUCCUUGCCUGGAUUACCCUCUCGUUGUCUGCCUGGCUGCGCGCUCAAUCCUCCUCCCAUAAGUUGGCUCGUGAGAUUCGGUGAGGCGAUGGACUGUGCUGCUGCUCUCAAGGAGAUGAAUGGGUGA